AUGGGGAGCAGCGGGUCGGCGCUGAGGGUCUGUGCGGGCCACCGCGGGGGCAUCAACUGGCUGAGCCUGAGCCCGGACGGGCAGCGCCUGCUGACCGGCAGCGAGGACGGCACGGCCCGCCUCUGGAGCACCGUGGACGGCCAGUGCUGCGCGCUCCUGCAAGGACAUGAGAGCUAUGUGACUUUCUGUCAACUGGAGGAUGAGACCGCCUUCACCUGUAGUGCUGACUGCACCAUCCGGAGGUGGGACGUGAGGACCGGGCAGUGUCUGCAGGUGUACCGGGGGCACACAUCCAUUGUGAACAGGAUCCUAGUUGCCAAUGACCAGCUCUUUAGCAGUUCCUACGACCGGACAGCUCGUGUGUGGACUGUGGAUAAAGGACAAGUGUCCCAAGAGUUCCGGGGCCACCGUAACUGUGUACUGACACUAGCCUACUCUGCUCCCAAGGACCUGCCCCGAGAUCCCUGCUUGGAAGCAGCCAUGGGUGGUGGGCUCCUAGUGACUGGCAGCUCUGAUGACACAGCCAAGGUGUGGCAGGUGGCCAGUGGCUGCUGCCACCAGACACUUCGGGGCCACACCGGUGCAGUACUGUGCCUGGUGCUGGAUGUCUCCAGUCACACGGCCUUCACAGGCAGCACUGAUGCCACCGUUCGUGCUUGGGACAUCCUGAGUGGGGAGCAGCUACGGGUUUUCCGGGAGCACCAGGGCUCUGUCAUCUGUCUGGAGCUCACAGAUCGGCUCCUGUACUCGGGCAGUGCAGACAGGACUGUCAAGUGCUGGCUGGCUGACACUGGGGAGAGGGUGCGCACCUUCUCAGCACAUAGACACAGCGUGAGCGCCCUCAAGUACCACGCAGGCACCUUGUUCACAGGCAGCGGGGACGCCUGCGCCCGGGCCUUUGAUGCCCAGUCAGGAGUGCUGCAAAGGGUGUUCCGAGGCCACACCUUCGUCAUCAACUGUCUCCAGGUACACGGCCAGGUGCUCUACACAGCAUCUCAUGACGGUGCUCUGCGCCUCUGGGACGUACGUGGUCUCCAGUCAGUGCCACCUUUGCCACGCAGGCCAGCAGCUAAGCGCAGCCUGUCACGCCUCUUCAGCAACAAGGUGGCCUGUGCAGCCCCAGGGCCCCUACAACCAGCCUGAGGGCCUGGAGAGGGACCGAGGCGGAGCUUGUUUUGCAGUGGCCUGUAGCAGGGCAUGUACCUGCCCUCGUGACCUUUCUCACUGUGGAGGAAGGGAAGGUGCUUCUUGCCCUCACUCUGAAUCAAAGGCCUUGCUACCUGGAUACUUCUAGCCAAGGCAGGGCCUCCAGCUCUCAUAGCUGAACCCCCAUGCUCACAGGCUCUCUCAGCUGAGAGAAAAUGGGGACUUCUUACAAAAACCACGGAGCUAGACUGUUACAGUGGCAAAUUAUGAAGAACUCAAAUACACGCUCU